CCUUCCAUGGGAACUUCUCCUCAGUCUUCCUCGGAAUGCACCUUACUCAUUGAAGAUGAAAAGCAACAAACAACCACCACCUGCACCACCAGAACAACCACCAAAAAAUCCAAGAAACUAGCUCUACUCCCAGUGAUCUUUCUUAUCUACUUUGAAGUUGCUGGUGGCCCUUAUGGUGCAGAAGCUGCAGUGGGUGCAGCAGGUCCACUUUUUACCAUUCUGGGAUUCCUCAUCUUCCCAUUUAUCUGGAGCAUCCCAGAAGCUCUUGUCACAGCAGAACUUGCCACAACUUUUCCUGGCAAUGGAGGAUUUGUUAUCUGGGCUCAUAAGGCCUUUGGUCCCUUCUGGGGUUCCAUGAUGGGGUCUUGGAAACUCCUCAGUGGUGUUAUCAACUUGGCUUCUUAUCCAGCUCUUUGUAUAGAUUAUCUCAAACAGGUUUUGCCAAUUUUCUCAUCUGGAUACCCCAGAUAUCUUGCAAUUCUGUUUUCGACUUUGUUUCUUUCCUUUCUGAACUACACAGGAUUGACUGUAGUUGGUUACACAGCAGUUUGUUUAGGCAUUGUUUCACUUUGUCCUUUUAUAGUACUGACCUUAGUUUCAAUCCCAAAAAUUGAGGCUUCUAGGUGGAUCAGUUUAGGCCAAAAGGGGGUUGAAAAAAAUUGGACUUUAUUUUUCAAUACUCUUUUCUGGAACCUGAAUUCUUGGGACAACGUUAGUACUUUAGCAGGGGAGGUUGAUCAACCCCAAAAAACAUAUCCCAGAGCACUUUUGUCAGCUGGGAUUUUCACUUGUUUGAGCUACUUAAUCGCACUUCUAGCUGCCACUGGGGCUACUUCUCUUGAUCAGAAAAAAUGGGCCAAUGGCUAUUUCGCGAAUUUGGCUGCUAUGAUUGCUGGGAAAUGGUUGAAAUACUGGGUUGAAAUUGGUGCAGUUUUAGCUGUUAUUGGACAGUAUGAGGCACAAUUGAGCAGUUCCGCUUACCAAAUUCUUGGUAUGGCUAAUAUAGGAGUUGUGCCUAGAUGUUUUGGGGUCAGGUCAAAAUGGUUCAAUACACCUUGGCUUGGAAUUUUGAUCGCUACAUUGAUUGCAUUGGCUGUUUCCUACAUGACUUUUGCAGAUAUUAUAUCUUCUGUGAAUUUCUUGUAUAGUUUGGGAAUGUUGUUAGAAUUUGCAUCAUUUUUAUGGUUAAGGAGGAAGACGCCGACCAAGAAAAGGCCAUACAAGGUUCCAAUGCCAUUGCCGGGGCUAGUGAUUAUGUGCAUCAUUCCAUCUGCGUUUUUGGUGUAUGUGAUUGUUGUUGCAAGUAAAACUGUCUAUCUAGUCAGUGCCUUGCUGACUGGAAUUGGAAUUAUUUGGUACUUUUUUAUGAACCUUUGCAAAUUAAAGGAGUGGAUUGAGUUUGAAAAUGCUGGAGAGAAGGACGCAGAUGUGGCGGAUGAGGAUUGAUUUUUUUGAUCCUGAGAUUUAGAUGGGAUUCUUGUAAUCAUCAACGUUAGAUACGACUCUCGUAAUCAUCGUUGAUGGUGGGUUUGGUACUCUACCUGGAUUGCAAUUGGAGUGGAAUUAUUCCCACUUGUGCUUAAGGCACACCCUAAUGUGUAUGCUACUAACUAAAAAGAUGAUUCC